CUUCAGAGGUCUAUUAGAGGUCAGUCUGAGUCCUUCUAAUAGCAACUGCAGCAGCACAGGGCCUUUCAAAUAUCCACUGUGGCCACGGUCUCGACCUUUCUUCAGACACACGCUGUGAGCAGUUCACUGCAAAAUGACCAUGCAGGCUCAGGAGGUCCUGAGACAGCUGCGGAUUCCCGAGCUGGAUGACUUUCGGCAGUACGUCCGAGGCUUUCCCACCAACGCCCUCAUGGGUAUGGGUGCCUUCGCGGCCAUCACCACCUACUGGUUUGCCACCCGGCCAAAAGCCCUCAAACCACCCUGUGAUCUUGGACUGCAGUCAGUGGAGUUACCAGGUGGUGAGCGUGCGAGAAGAUCGGUGUUUUGCGAAGACGGCUCUUACCUGACACACUACUACGAUGAUGCACGCACGUUAUACGAGGUGUUCCUACGAGGGCUCAGAGUAUCAAAUAAUGGACCUUGUCUAGGAUCGAGGAAACCAAACCAGCCAUAUGAAUGGCAGACUUAUAAAGAGGUAAUAGAUAGAGGAGAAUGCAUCGGCUCCGCCCUCCUUCACAGAGGACACUCUCACACAGGAGACAAAUUCAUCGGCAUCUUCGCUCAGAACAGACCAGAGUGGACCAUUACAGAGCUCGCCUGUUACACGUACUCCUUGGUGGCUGUCCCGCUGUAUGACACACUCGGCUCUGAAGCCAUUGACUACAUUAUUGAUAGAGCCGACAUCUCAACGGUGAUCUGUGAUGUCCCUGAAAAGGCCCGGAUGAUUCUGGAUUGUAUCAGCGGAAAAGCACGAGCGGUGAAGAUGAUUAUUCUCAUCGAGGCGUUUGACAGCGACCUGGUGACCCGCGCAAAGGAGAACGGCAUCGAGAUCCUGAGUUUAAAGGAGCUAGAGGCCUUGGGUAAAGCUAACCUCAAGCAACCAGUGCCUCCCAAACCAAAGGACCAGGCUCUUAUCUGCUUUACCUCUGGAACAACAGGAUACCCAAAAGGUGCAAUGAUUUCUCAUGAAAACGUAAUCUGCAACACUGGCGCUUUCAUUAAAUUGACCAAGGUAAACUGCAUGCUGAACGCCAAUGACAUUCACGUAUCCUAUCUCCCUCUAGCUCACAUGUUUGAGAGGGUUGUGGAGUGUGUCGUACUCGUCCACGGGGCUCGAAUCGGCUACUUCCAAGGGGACAUUCGACUCUUGAUGGAUGAUCUGAAAACACUCCAGCCAACAGUUUUCCCGGUUGUCCCCCGCCUCCUCAACCGCAUGUUUGACAAGGUUUUUGGUCAAGCCAACACGCCACUGAAAAGAUGGCUGCUUGAUUUUGCCUUCAGAAGGAAAGAGGCGGAGCUUAAAAAUGGAGUGGUCCGGAAAGACAGCAUGUGGGACAAACUCAUCUUCAAGAAAGUGCAGGCGAGCCUCGGCGGCCGCGUGAGACUCAUGAUUACAGGAGCAGCCCCGGUAUCCCCGACCAUCCUGACUUUCCUGAGAGCUGCUCUCGGCUGUCAGUUUUAUGAAGGUUACGGACAGACUGAAUGCACAGCUGGCUGUACCAUGUCGAUGCCUGGGGACUGGUCAGCAGGGAGUGUUUAUAAAAUUAGCAGGAGCAGUGAAGGCAGCCUGGAGAUGGUGGAGAAGAUGACCUCAAACAGAAACUUGGUGUGCGUCAAAGGACCAAAUGUAUUCCAGGGAUACCUGAAAGAUCCUGACAGAACAGCUGAGGCUAUUGAUAAGGAUGGAUGGCUGCACACUGGUGACAUUGGGAAAUGGCUUCCUAAUGGCACUCUGAAGGUUAUUGACAGAAAGAAACACAUUUUUAAGCUGGCACAGGGAGAGUACAUCGCCCCGGAGAAAAUUGAAACCAUCUAUGUUCGCAGUGACCCCGUGGCCCAGGUGUUUGUUCAUGGUGACAGCUUACAGGCAUGCCUGGUGGGGAUAGUGGUGCCCGAUCCUGACUUCUUACCUAUUUGGGCCAAGAAAAAAGGGUUUGAAGGCUCUUACUCUGAGCUGUGUGACAACAAGGAUGUGAAGAAGGCAAUUCUGGAGGACAUCUUGAAUUUGGGCAAAGAAACUGGACUCAAGUCUUUUGAACAGGUGAGGGACAUUGUGUUACAUCCCGAGAUGUUCUCUAUCCAGAACGGUCUGCUGACUCCAACCCUGAAAGCCAAGAGGACUGAGCUUCGGAGCCACUUCAGAGAACAGAUCGAUGAACUCUAUGCCAAAAUUAAGAUGUAAGCCAAGUUCAAGGCGUAUUAUAGGGAAGCCGUUCAGAGACAGCCAGAACCAAACCGUGUGCUGAGGGAAUCCGUCUCACUUUCUCUGCAAGUGACAAUCUUAACAGUUAUAUGGGGAAAAAGCUUUCAGGAUAAUUGGAUAAUGAAUUUUAAAAGUGCAUUUUAUCCCCACUUUGAUCAAUAAUCACACAGAUCCAUUAUCCCAGCUAACACUGGCUAACUGGCAAAGAGAUCCGCAGAACCCGCAUCCAGUUUCUUGUGUAGUUUAUCCAAGAAUAAGGGUUAAAAUGGCACAGAGGAAGUUUGACUUCUGCUUUUAUGUAUGACAACUUCACGGUCAGAAAGGUGCUGCUAGUUUUAUUCGUGAGAGCAACAAGAGAAAAUCUUUGAAAAUACUUCUACAACAGUGACAGAUAUUAACUAUUUAUAUGCCAUGACAUUUCAUGCUUUGGUUAUCUAUUUAAGGGGAUAUUUAAUAUCAUCUUUUUGUAAAUAGUGUAUCUGCUGGAAAAUUUGUGUACAGGGUACCAUGCCAGAUACUCUGUAGCUUCCCUGCAUUCCCAUGUUUCUCAGUGCUGCCGGCUGAAGGACUUGGUUAACAGCCUACUGAAAAUUAUGUUGGUUCACAGAUUUUAGGCUUUUGUUUUUGGUGUUAUUUUUAAAUGUUGCAUGUAACAUAUUCACUGUUGCUUUCUAAAUGCCUGACAUUGCAUUGCCAAAGGCUGAGGAAUGAAGCUGCACAACCAUCGUUUGUAUAUUCUGCAAGUAUUUGGGGUAAAAAUAGUAACAGUGAUUUUUAUGUUGAUUUUUAAGAAGUCAAUUUAUUCAAACCGUUUCCAUGUCCUUUGCAAAAUGAGCAGUCUUCAUUUCAGCCAUUUGAAAAAAAGUUUGUUUGUUUUUUGUGAAUGCCGGUUUUCUGACUGAUGUAUGAUCAUGAUGUACAUCCAAUCGUGUCAAAGACCUCUUAACAGCACAAGCUGUACUGUUUAGUUGGUUUUUUUUAAUGACUUGUGAUCUCAAAAAGGGAGAAAGGUCCAGUUUUGUGCUAUAAUGGAACGUGUAUCUGUCAAAUGUACCAAAUAAACACAAUAUGGUCGUGCAGUUGUUAGCACUGUCA